GUCCAAACAUAUCUAUCUUUUUACAACCAACUAAAAAUUCUCAACUCCAAUCAUCUUAACACUAUUUACAAAAAAAUCCAAAAAAUCAUCUUCCCUAUUUACAAUAUCCCCCUUGCCCUGAUGUCCCUACCAUCCCGAGAUUGCGACUCUUCCAACACGGCACGAAAAUCCCGUUGCAACCUAUCCUUCUUGAACAAUCUUGGAAAGGAGAAAAGGCUAUGGCACUCAAAGCGGUCCAUGUCUCCGACCUUCCCAAUCUUGUUCAAGUCCCAGACAAUGCCGCAUUAGCCCUCUCCGGCGCCGUCCGGUUCUUCAAAGGUGUUAACGAAGACGACUGUGAUGAAAUGAAAUGUGGGUGUAAAUUACCGAACUUCGUGGUGAUGGGACACAGAGGUAGCGGGAUGAACAAUAUGCUGCAAUCCUCGGACCAUGUAAAGAAAUCCAUCAGAGAGAAUUCGAUUCUCUCCUUCAAUGCCGCCGCCAAGUUCCCCAUCGAUUUCAUCGAGUUCGACGUUCAGGUGACUAAAGAUGGCUAUCCCGUUAUUUUCCAUGACGUCUUCAUUCUCGCUGAAUACAAGGGUGCCAUUUUCAAGAAGAGAGUUACAGAUCUCACUAUUGCUGAAUUUCUUUCUUAUGGACCUCAGAAAGAACCUGGAAAUGUGGAUAAGCCUCUGUUUCGAAAAACAAAAGAUGGGAGAAUCUUUGAGUGGAAGGUUGAAAAAGAUGACCCUCUAUGCACAUUACAAGAGGUCAUGGACAAAGUUGAACAUCCUGUGGGUUUCAAUAUUGAAUUGAAGUUCGACGAUCAGAUAGUAUAUACGGAGAAUGAACUCACUCGUGUUCUUCAAGCAAUCUUGCAGGUGGUAAACAAGUAUGCUCAGGACAGACCUAUCAUCUUUUCAAGCUUUCAACCUGACGCCGCCCAACUGAUCAGAAAAUUACAGACCCUCUAUCCUGUGUUCUUCCUCACUAAUGGAGGUUCCCAAAUUUAUGUGGACAUAAGAAGGAAUUCCUUGGAAGAGGCCAUCAAGGUGUGCUUGACCGGAGGUUUGCAAGGAAUUGUAUCCGAAGUCAGAGCUAUCUUUAUAAACCCAGGAGCAGUAACUAGAAUCAAAGAGUCCAAGCUUUCUCUCGUAACUUAUGGCCAAUUAAAUAAUGUUCCAAAGGUGGUAUACAUGCAACAUCUUAUGGGUGUUGAUGGAGUGAUCGUUGACUCGGUUCAAGAAAUUACAGAGGCAAUCUCAGAGUGCUUUAAGCCAGCCAAGGACAGUGAAGAAGAUGGCUUGUUUGGAGAGGAAAAGCAGAUGCAAGUGAAAACAGAGCCUGGGACGUGUUGAUACAUACUUGAAAGCAAUAUACAUAGCAUGCACAAGGAUGUUCCCAAGUUGUCAUUUCUCAUGCAUCAUUUUGCAGUGAUUAUUACUUUCUCUGUGCUUUUUACUCAAUGAAUACAGCUUAAUUGUCCCCAAAUGGUCAAGUGAUCUUAAGGCUAUUAGGAAUGUCCAAAAGUUGUAAUAGUUGAAGCUUUGAUUUGUAUUGUCCCCAUUAUUAAUUUGUUGGAUACU